CUACACACUCCGAUGCCUGUAGCCCUGCCCCGGUGCCGGCCCUCGGUCCCGCCCCGCCCCGGCCAGACGAGGCGAGCCGCCGCGCGCGGGGUCACGUGGGCAGUGACACGGUGUUCCGCUCGCGGCGGCGGCGGCUGCCGGCCCGCGCGGAGGCUUCGAUCUCACCCCGGCCAUGCUUGUGAGCAAGAGGGUGAAGCGCCUUUUGCAGCUGGUACCUGGGAAGCAGCGCUUCGGCGCGUACCGGUUCCUGCCCUUCUUCUUCCUCCUCGGGGGAGCUAUGGAGUGGUUCAUGAUUAACGCCCGCAUUGGCAAGGAGACCUUCUAUGAUGUUUACCGCAGGAAACGAUCGGAAAGACAGUAUGCUGCCAGGAUGGAAAAAAGGGAAUUUUAGCUGAAGCAGUUCGAGGGGAAGGUUCUGAAUGCUUCAACUGUAUUAAUACCAAAGAAGUGUUACUGCCACGCUGAUGGCAGGGGAAGGUUUUGUGGAUUACAGCUCACCCAGCAGAGACAAGUUUGUGUGAUAUGCUUGCAGAUGGUUUGGGCCAUUUUAUUCUUUUUCCAUCUCCUUUAUAUCUGUAAGCCAAACACAGUCAUAAAAGGUUCAUUGUGUUCAGGCCUCUGCAACUUUAAUGUUUGUUUAGUACUUUUGAAUAAACUAAACUGAAUAAACA